UUAUUUUUUUAAAGUCUACCUUAAAAACUAGUUUGAAAACAAUUUGUUUUUUUUUUCAACAAGUUGUUUGUUUUAAACAAACAGCAAUCAUCACGUUAAAAUAUCAUUAAUGAUAUGUAGGCAAUUUUUAUUAUUAUACUAUUCAAUAAAAAUAGAAAUGAACAUUGAAAGUUGAAACGAAUCGUCACUAUUAACUACGUGGAUCUACACGUAUUACCUUACCUAUAUUCAAUACACAGUCACGGACGAGUAAAAAAAGAUCCGUGUACACAGUAAACAAAAUUGAUUAUCAACGAUAAUUACCUAUAAAAAAAACAGAAAAAUUAGUGUGAAGGAAUUAUGACGGAGGAAAGUUAUCAGACACUCAUUGAGAUAUCACCUUUACUUACCGAUCAUGAAAUCAGCAAAGCUUUGACUGACUGGUUCAAGGAGGCAGUUACAUUUACAAAAUGGGAGUAUGUAGAUGAAACUGGCAAAGGUGACUCCUACUUAAGUGAAGUCAUAAGAAUCAGAAUUUACGGGAAAACGGAUGAUACACUUAGACAUAUUCAAGUAGUUCUCAAAACAAUCCCAAAAAAUAUUUGCAGAAGACUUACAUACCGUAGUCAUGAUUUUUUCAAAAACGAAAUAAAUUUCUACACAAAGGUCCUUCCAACCCUGCUUAGUUUUCAAGCGAAAAAGCAAAUGACUGAUCCUUUUUUAAACUACACAAAUUUAUUUUUAGCUUUGUCUGAUGGAGUGCAUGAUGUGAUAUGUCUUGAAGAUGCAACUCUUCAGAAUUAUGGAGCUGCUGUUCGUCAAGAAGGCAUUGAUUUAGAGCACUGCAAAUUAACUUUAAAAGCCAUAGCUAAAUUUCAUGCAAUAUCAUUUGCUUUGCGAGAUCAGAAUCCAGAUAUCUUCAAUAGUACUAGUAUAUUUGUAGAUGAAACUUAUUAUGAUGCAAGACAUUGGCUUUGGUAUGAGCGCUUCUGGAGAAGAAUUUCCAGCAUAGCAAUUGAUGCUGUUGAAAGAGAAUAUCCGAAUUCUAUAUAUGUUGACAAAGUUAAAGGAUUUGCUGUUCCAGAACGAUAUCAAGACAUGAUCAAAGCUGUACAAGACAAAACAAAUGCUGUAUUCUCCCAUGGUGAUAGUUGGACAAAUAAUUUUCUUUACAAGUAUGAUAAUGGCACUGUGGUUGAUGCCAAAAUAAUUGAUUUCCAACUUACAAGAUGUGCCAGUCCUGUUCUAGAUGUAACAUUUAUGAUAUAUGCAUGCACAGAUCAAGAAUUAAGAUUGAAACAUUACAAUGAUUUAUUAAAGUAUUAUUAUGAAGUAUUGGCAAAACAAAUAAAAGAGAUGGGUAGUGACCCUGAUGUUACUUAUUCAUGGGAUAGUUUUAUGACAGAGGUCAAGAAGUAUUCAUAUUUUGGUCUAGCAUUCAGUUUUGAAUCAACACCAUUUAUAAUACUGGCACCUGAAGAUGCAAUUAGUAUGGAAAUGACGGGUGAAGAGAAGAGAAACAUUGAUGAUUUUUGGUGUCUACCACCUAUUAAAACAAAGGAAGGUAGAUUACGAGAGGCCAAUAAUGUAGUACAUUGUGUGGAUCAGGGAUAUAUAUAAAAUAUUGUAACAUUUUCAAAACUGUGAAAAAUCUGAAAAGAAUAGCUGAUUGAUGACAACUUUUAAGGUCUUAUACAGAUACAAAGAACAACUGCAAACACAAGGCACCACACUUAUACAUUUUCUUCCCCAAAAUUGGUGUAAUAUGUGAACUGCACCUUAGAAAACCUGCUGUUUGAUUAUAUUACUGUGUGGUAAUAUAGCCAAUAUUAAUACUUGUGCUGCAGAAGGCUAUUGGUGGUAUUUAUACCCUAGGUAAUUAAUUAUAUUUUACAAAAAUAUUUCUACAAUCUUAAAAGUUUAAAGAAUCUUGAUGAUAUCUUAAUGAUACCACAGAGUGGGAAUGUGCGCCCAUUCUUCUCAGAUCUGAGGCAUACAUUUGCAAAAGUGUUAUAAUAUGGUACUUUUAGAUGUUCAAUAAGUGAUUACUUUAAGGCGCUAUAGUCCUAAAAGUAACAUUUUUAAAAAUCUACUUAAAAUACUUCUACAAAUACUACGGUUCCAAUUUUUUGACAUGUUUAUCUUCAUUUCUUUAUCUAAAUUAUCGCUGUUUCGAAAACACGAUUACGAAAAAAAAUCUUGAUAGAUUUAUUUUUUGAAAAAUAGUCUUUUUUAUUUGAAUUGUUUAUAUUAUCAUAAAACUAUGAUAACUAUAAACACAAAACUUAUUUUAUUCGAUAGUUUAUUAGUAUUUAUAAGUUUUCACUGUGGGAUUUAUCAAUAUGCUUUAUGAAUUAUUUUAUAUUAAUUUUUUUCGUAAUAAACCAAACGCGACGCCUUGGUUGCAUGCUCGCUCAAGCCAGCAGUACGCCCGUGACCACUGUCAAGGAGGGUACGUGUCUCUCGGGCUCACAUUACGUAAGAAUUUAGCAAACAAGUACAAAGCGGGAAUCAUAGUAAAAAAAUAAUGAUGAUGCGACAGCGUAUUUGUUGAAAUAUAUAGGUAAAUGUAAGUCGGAAAGUACUUAAAUAAAAUUUACGUAAUAUUAUUUUGAAUAUUAUGCCACGCGGAUUUUUGUAUAUAUGUACUUUAGGGCAGUUAGAUAAAUCCAAGAUGACCGCCGCACAAAAUUAUGAUUUCAGCAAUAUGGAUAUCGUGUCCGAGGUUCUCGAGGGUGCAGAGAACGAUUCUGUGCUCAUUUUUGAAUUCAAAGAUGGCCGCCGCUCAUAAUUAUGAUUUCAGCAAUAUGGAUAUCGUGUCCGAGGUUCUCGAGGGUGCAGAGAACGUCAUGCCCGACGCCCGUGUCCAUGCGUACCUAUCGAAUCUAACGUUCGAGCAAUUUUUACCUAAAGUGUUGGGAAAACCUCGCCUUAAUUAAUUUUUUUAAAUCAAAUUUUCUGCUCAGGCCUGAAACAUAAUAUUCCAUUAGUUGUUUAAGUUCUUUGUUAUUUGUUUGAGUUAGUGUAGCAGGCUACAUCAUGCUCGUUUAAAUGUUAUUGUUUGUGGUGACGUCAUGUAACAGGUUGUUUUCUUUUAGUCGUAUACUGUCAGCCUGCGCCGGCAUUAGCUCCUUAUAAUUUAAACCAGUAGCUAACGCACAUAACAGCGACACCAUCAAUCAAGUGAUGUGUUGCCAGCCUUUGGGAUGAGAGUAUGCUCACUUGAAGUCCCCUAGUCAUAUUGGUUCGGGAAUAUUGCAGGGGUUUCGUUGUUGAUCAAGUCAUCUCGGAACGUCUUGAUUCUUAUUUAAUGAGAAUAUUCUGUUUGGCGUCGCAUAGAGAUGUGGGGUCUCUCUGUAACUUCUACAGCAUAUAUCUCGGGGAGUGUUUGUGUGAAUUCGUGAAUGAAUUUCACCUGUACCAUGUUGAUGUCUGAUAUUCCGCAAAUAAGUAGAAUCUUUUCGCAUCACACAGCCACUUUAUGAAAUCAACUGUCGACUGUUCUAUUCCCGAUCCAAUACAACAUAGGAACUUUCACGUCUCAAGUAUUUCAAGUCCGCUCAUCAAUCAAAAAGCAUAAUGUUUUAGUAAUGCUUCUUCGCAAAAAAUAAACAAUGUUAGGAUCUUUACUUAUAUAGUUUUAUUAUUUUUUUAAUUUGUAAUUAAUAUACAUAUUUGAGAUGUUACAACACUUGACUGAACCCAAUACUGUGAAAACUAUACCUUACCUUGCCUUAUGCCAACCACUUUUGACCUACUGUAUCCCUGAUUGGGGUGGAGCCCGCGUAACUAUUACAUAAGUAAACAUAUUAAAGUAUUAUUAUUAA